GACCGCGUGGUGGGGUGGGGCUGUGCCACUUUCACCUGCAGCAGCCCGCUCCUCGAUCGAUCUCAGUCUCUGGCGGAACGAGCAUCCAACGUGCAGGCGCCCUGGAAGGGUGCGGAAUCAAAAGGACAGAAGUGGAUUUCGAUACCGGUGAUUGGUGAUAAGUGCGGCAUCGAAUAUCGAACGUCAACACCUGGCCGUCGCGGUGAUCGCAAAAAAAUAAGGGUUGUUCCCAGGAAGACAGGAAGAGCUUAAGGGAACGACCAAGCGAUGGUCAGGCUGUGAGAUUGAACUUGUAGUUAGUUCGUGGCCGAACUGAAUACAGGAUGCGAGCGAAGCGUCUGGUUGCGGGGACGGCCGUCGUCCUACAGCUCGUGUUUCUACUCGGGACGCCGCCUCUAAGCGUCGCGGCGCCUAGCCCACAGGAGUCCCUGUUUGAAUUCCCGGUGCAGCUCGUCGGAUUUCCGGUCAUUAUCCUGGCUGUGAGGUUGACAAAUUUCGUGAAGAAACUUGCUUAUUCCCUGAACCCACGAACUUACACGAGCAGAACACGACGCAGCUUGGCGUUCAAGGAGCCGCCACUGGACGUCGCGGCGGUGGAAAAGAGGCUCGUUGCAGAAAUGGGGGAACACGUGUGCGUGUUCGAACAAGUGUGCCAUCAGUACGCGGAACACGCAAGGACAAAGCGGGGCUCGAACCACGUCCUGGACUGGGACCAAGUGAUCAAAGGAUAUGAAGGAUUUCCUACGAACGACAAGCGGAAUUACCUGCUCAGCGUGUUCCUUGGGGACAUUGUUGCUUCCCCGGGGCUGUGCCACCAGCUGGCCAAGAGAGGUCGAGGCUGCACGAGGAUUCCUCCAGCAAGACAACCAGAUCACGUGGCACGAGAUAAUUCACAUUAACAGAACAUUAAAGCAGACGAGUGAUUGACACAACACACUAAUGUUUUCAAACGCUGUUAAAGUACUGAACUUAAUCUGCCCAGCCUUCUAUUCAGUGCAUCUUUCCUCGGGAGUAAAACGACUGGAGAGUGAGGAUUAACACUCACCUCCAUUUAGUUGUGAGAUUAAGAAUGUGUGGUGUUUUACCUCCACUCCCCUACAUGUCUGCAUGGCGUGGUCCUUAAUGAAGAAGUAUCAGGGACAAUUUUACCUGAAUCUCCCGAUAUAAGUCAAAUCAUUGUCAUUGUUUAUUAAUGUUUCUUUACGUUAAACAAUCAUUUCAACUGUCAUCUUAAGGCAAUGUAAUUCUUUUAAUUGUUUGCUUAAGGUUAUUAAAAAUUUUAAAACAUA